AUGUCUGCGGAACGUGACAUGCCAGCAGAGGAUAGAUUGAACGAUCGCAAAGAAAGAUCCGGCUCAAAAAUUGUUGUGAAAUUCCCCAACAGUGCUGAGAAAAAUUGUCUUUCUAUAGGGCCGAUUCACGUGACAAACAGUGUGGCUGUGGACCUAGUGGCGGAUAUCAACCAACAAAGUCAAUAUGUAAAAAAUCUUAAGGAACAAAUCGUGGAGCAAGAGAAACUCAUUGCCAAUGCCCGUCGUGAAUACGAAGCCUUGCAGUCCGAAAUGGCUCGCACUCAACAGGAGAACGAAUCGGCCAAGGAAGAGAAGAAAGCAGUCAUACUAGAAAUGGUAGAAUUGACUCUUAACUCCUCACAAAAAAAGAAACACAUCAAAAAAAUGUUGUCCGACCUUUUGCGCGAUCUGGCCGAAGUUGGCCAAACCCUAUCCUCAGCCGAUUCCACAACCGACAUGAAAAUGAACAGCAUACCCAGUGCCGGCGACAUCGACAAGGUGGAAGAAGAUUUCACCAUGGCCCGCCUGUACAACUUGGAAACACAAAAAAUCGAUUCCAAUAAGAAACUCUCCGAAUACGAAAGAGAUUUGGGUGAAUAUCGUAUGAUUAUUUCCCAGCAUAAGGCUAACAUGAAAUCCUUGCUCCAGCAAUCAAUGCGUGAAGCUGAAAAUAAGAAACGUUCACUAGAGGAACAAAUCGAUUCGUUGCGUGAAGAAUGCGCUAAACUUAAGGCAGCCGAGCAUGUGUCCGCUGUCAAUGCCGAAGAAAAGCAAAAGGCCGAAGAAUUACGCGCCAUGUUCGAUUCACAAAUGGAUGAGUUGCGUGAAGCGCAUACCAAACAGGUGUCCGAAUUGCGCGAUGAAAUCAUUGCCAAGCAACACGAAAUGGCAGAAAUGAAGGAUUUGCAUCAGAAGCUAAUCCUCGCCCAUCAACAAAUGGCUGCCGAUUACGAGAAAUUGAAACAAGAAGAGGCUGAGAAAUCAAAUAAAUUACAAGAAAUCAUACUCACCAACGAGAGGCGUGAACAGGCUCGUAAUGAUCUCAAGGGUUUGGAAGAUACAGUGGCUAAGAAAUUGCAGACAUUGCAUAAUUUGCGGAAAUUGUUUGUUCAAAAUUUACAGGCCCGCAUUAAGAAAACCGUUCUAAACGAGGACAGCGAAGAAGACGGUGGCUCAUUGGCCCAAAAACAGAAAAUCUCCUUCCUCGAAAAUAAUCUGGACCAACUCACCAAAGUGCACAAACAAUUGGUGCGUGACAAUGCCGAUCUACGCUGUGAAUUGCCCAAAUUGGAGAAACGUUUGCGCACCACCAUGGAGCGUGUCAAGGCCUUGGAGACAGCGCUGAAAGAAGCCAAAGAAGGUGCCAUGCGUGACCGUAAACGCUAUCAAUACGAGGUGGAUCGCAUCAAGGAGGCAGUGCGACAGAAACAUUUUGGACGACGUGGUCCUCAGGCGAAAAUUACUAAACCCAUUUCUGCUGGUCAGGGUGCAAAUACCUCAA